AUGCGGAUCGGGUGUCUUCAAUUCGCACCCCAAGUCGGGGAUGUCUCCAACAACCUCAGUCGUGCCGACGCCGUCUUGGCCAAGGCCGAUCAGAGGGAACUGGAGGAUCUAGACCUACUCGUCCUUCCCGAGAUGGCCUUUUCUGGAUACAACUUCAAAUCUCUAGACGAAAUACAGCCCUUCCUCGAACCAUCGGGAUCUGGAAUCAGUGCAUUAUGGGCACGUACAAAUGCUCUCAAGUACGAUUGUACUGUCGCCGUCGGCUAUCCCGAAAGGGUCGGGUCUUCAGGCUCACCUCGUGGAUCCUCUCCCGAGUACUACAACUCACUGCUUGUUGUCAACGGUGACGGCGAAACUGUUGCAAACUACCGCAAGUCUUUCCUCUACUACACUGACCAGACUUGGGCCCUGGAAGGUGGAGGAUUCUAUGGUGGUAGAAUGGAGGGCUUGGGCAAUGUAGCCAUGGGAAUUUGUAUGGACAUCAAUCCCUACAAAUUCGAGGCACCCUGGCACAAGUUCGAGUUCGCUUUCCACGUCCUUGAAGUUCGAGCAAACCUAGUCAUUCUAUCAAUGGCCUGGCUUACCCAUGAGGAUCCUGAAACCUUCACUCCUCUCGCCAAGGAACCCGACCUGGCAACCAUGACAUACUGGCUUCAACGAUUUGAGCCCGUUAUUCGAGGCGAAAGCGACGAGGAACUCAUUGUUGUUUUCUGCAAUCGCUGCGGCAUGGAAGACGAUGUCUUGUACGCAGGCACUAGUGCCGUUGUUGGCAUCAAGAACGGUGAGGUGUCUGUUUAUGGACUCCUCGGCCGUGGUUCCAAGGAGUUACUGGUCGUCAACACCGAUGCUCCGCCCUAUGGAAAGCUCGUCAAUCGCCCUGACGCCACUACCGAGAACAAUGAAGAGCACUUGCCCCAGACAACCCCUGGCACUACUGGGAAUCCAGUUUCUCCCGGCCAAGCCAACACAACCUCCCCAUAUUCCCCUGUGAGAACACAUACACAAUCAGAGGCAGCAGUGCAAGCCGCAGCUUCUAACAGACAUAUAGGGGCAGACAGACGCAGCCCAGUCGAGGCCAGAAGACGACCAACCUUGAACAUACCUUCGAAGCCUUCUCGCCUCGUGGAAGACGAGGAAGAGGAUUGUAGCGAUUCAUGCGCGGAGGAGUACGCUGGUUGCCAGGGCAACUGUGGAGGAUGUGGCAAGCACGCUUACGUAGGACGGGCAGAAGCUGUAGAGAGCCCGGUGUAUCCCAGUCCGACUGUCAUGGCUAUGCGACCCAAAAUUCCCAUUCACAAAAGUGCACAUACACUUCCCCCCAUCACUACAAAGCGGAUGCCAUCCGGAGUCAAGCCUGGAAACUAUUUUACCAGUCGUGAUCUUUGUACUCCCCCCAUCACACCCUACGACGACGCACCUAUGUCAGCAGCCUACCGAACCCCAUUGCCUUUUUCGCCUGCUGUGAACACACCGGUUGAGCCGAACUGGCCUGUGUCGGCCAGGACUGACUACAGCCGCCAACCAUCCCACACUCCUCCCUCGAGGUCAGCCAGCAGAUCUACACACAAAUCUGGUGGCAGAUCGCGCAAUCCCAGCCGAACAAGGGGCCCGGAGAUGCUCUCACCUGUCACGAGCCAUCACUCCUACCAGUCGGCCCGCGCUGGUCAAACAGACCAAUACCCAAGGCGGGCAAGACACGAAGACGAGAGGGAGCAUGAAUUCGGCGAACUAGGUGCAAGAAGGCCAGCAGCAAGGAAACCGGCCAAGACGGGCUUCGAUGACCUUUUCAACAUGAUCCCCAUCGCCGCAAGCCCCAGCAUCUUCAAGACUACGUUUUCCGAAGCAGAGAUAAACAACCAGCAGCAGCAGCAGCAGCGUGCCGGGCAGCCAGUCCAUAUGAGGCUAAUGGAAGAGCCGCAACCGCAAGUAGCUCCCCGUCAACGUCCCACGGUUGAACGGGUGCCCUCUAGACUCAGGAGUACAUCUGCAUCAAACCCCAAGAUACCGCCAUCGUUCAACUAUCCUCCACCCCCAGUCCCGCAAACGCCCCAAUAUACUCCUGCUUCAUACGCCUCGAGUUCCCGCUCAUCCAGCAGGAGCAGGCAGCCUUCGUACACAAGAAGAGGCAGUGAGCAACGCACAGUUCCAUCAACGCCGAGCACCCAAAGCCCGACGACGCCGCAUUAUCAUCAGCAGCAUUAUCAGCUUCCCACUACAACGUAUGGCAGUCAUAACAAUGUGCACCACCAACAAAAGCCAGUUCUCGACGAUGAACCCGAGGCGUUUUAUGGGCGAGGACCGGUAACACCAGUUGAAGAAUCAAUGAGAGGGAGGGAUAGUAGAGGUAGGAAGGUAUCCGCCCAGCAGCCGCCGUCUAGGAGGACACACUCUGUUGACCCUCACCACCGGGAUCCUGCUGUUGGAAAUGGCAACGCGAAUGGCGGUCGCGGGGCUAGAGUCAAUGGAAGGUAUUAUCCUCCGGAUUUGCUGUCGCCUGUUUCUGUCUGA